GGCCUUGAUAAUACCUAGUCGCCCCAAAAUAAUAAUCACAUGAAAUCGAUUUCCUCUCUCGCUGUUACAUCGCGGAUGUGCGGUGUCUUCGUGAACAGCAGCGCGGCGUGGGGCACAUACGGUGAGAAGGAGUGGUCUGAUAUGAUGACCCUGCUGGACAAGCAACCGGCGCAUUUGCGAUUAAUGGGGGUUGACUCAGAGUGGUUCCGCAACUCUCCUUUGGCUGUUGUGCAGCUUGCCACAUCUAGCCACUGCUUUGUAUUGCACCUCAGUUACUUUACUGAUCGCCGCCUACCCAAUUCUGUAAAAGAAGCACUCAGCGACCCUUCGAUAAUCAAAUGCGGCGUUGGUGUCAGCGGGGACGUGACACGCCUUCAAAAGGAACAGAAUCUAAUCGUGCAAAGCGUGCUCGACGUGGCACACUACAGCGUCGCUCUUGGUCUGCACGACGCGCGUCAAGUGAACCUCAAAGUACUUGCCGCCAGUGUGGCAAAUCUGCAUAUCGAGAAAAACAAGUUCAUCACUCGAAGCAACUGGGAGCUUUCACUUGUACCAAGUCAAAUCAACUACGCCGCAGAAGAUGCACUUGCCUCUUUUCUUGUAGGCGAGGCAAUUAUGCGCAAAGCGUACGAGGUGAACCACAUGGAUCAUCCCAACUUCAGCAUCUCCGCGUGGCUAACGAGCAGCACGAGCAUUGCAGCGCAGGUUUUCAAGCGGAAACAGCGGGAGAAAGCAAAAGAGGCACAUGAUCUACUGAAAAAGGAGGCGCGCGUGGCGACCACAGAUCACAAUAGUACUACACUUGCAGCUCAGCUGGGUAACGGGGCAAGAGUAGCAGUUUUGGACAAAACAGGCAACUUUCUUUUUGAGUGCUCCCCAGGAAGAGCGAAAUUCUACGUGAUGGAGAAGGGACUUGCUAGGAUUACAAAGCACGUGAACGGCAAUUCGCGCAAGGCGACGGAGAUCCAGUUCCUAUUCGACCCAAAAGUGAAAACUCGCCUUUGUAUGUACAACUCACUUGGCGCCUGUGAGUUGCAGGACCACUGUCCUUUUGCGCACGGGAUUGACGAGCUUCAGCCUGAGGCGAGAGCUAUGUUAACCUCCUCAGAGCCGAGCUGUGCCUGCUGCCUCGGGACCAAGGGACUGCUUCGACACGCGAUAACGCCGCCGUCUUUUCGCAAGUACCUUCCACUGCCUUACAAGAUCCCGAGAGACGAUGACUAUGUACCACUUUGUGGUCAGUGUAACUCCGUCUUGAGGCACUACUAUGAUGAAGAAAUGAAGAAAUGUUAUGAGGAAGCCGCUUUGUCAAGCAAAGAUUCACUGAACAUCAACGCGGUGGCCAAGUGCAUUGCGUACGCGCGUCUGCUGUCCGACGAGGUAAAGCUACAGAAGAUACCCGAGCAUCGCCAAGAGGAGCUUAAGAAUUAUAUUUGUGAGCACUGGGAAAAGACUUACUUCCGGGAUUUCCACCCUGAUUUUGUCAUUGGCGACCCACUGGAGCUCAGCUCCGAGUUUUUGAAACGGCUUGAACGAAUCGUGCCAGGGGAUGUGCGAUCGAAGUGGAGCAUGAGCAUUUUAAUAGGCGACGAUGUAGAGAAGGCUAAAGCGUUUACCCAGCGAUGGCACGGCUACUGCUUUCAGGUAUGCGGCAUGGUUGAGAAAGAAAGUAAUCGUAUGAGUUUCGAGGAUUGGAAGGCGUACCGCGCGCGUAGUGGCUUGUCACAAGAAGAUGGUUCUGAACUCGUCACUGAAACAGACACUGUUCAUGAAUUUGAAGCUUAA